AUGAACUCUGAUUCAAAUUCUUCUAGUUCAUCUAGUUCAGGGUUAUUUGAUUACAUGGUGAACGACUAUGUAGAGUGGCAUGAAUCAAUUACCCAAAGGCGAAAAGAAGAUGAAUUGAUCGAGGAAGCGAUCAAUAUAGCUGUUGUUCUCUUUGUAACAUCACCUUACCAGGUCCCCUUCACUCUUGAACCUACGUACCAAAGGUGGUAUGUACCAAGAGAUCGAGAAUAUGUUGAUAUUCAGUUAUAUAACGAUUACUUUAGUCCCCAACCAUUGUACCCUGAUAAUAUGUUUCGUCGACGGUUUCACAUGCGUAAGAAUGUGUUCACACGCAUUGUUAAUAAACUAAGCGAAAGUGAUGUUUACUUUCAACAAAGGUCGGAUGCCAUCGGAAGACUAGUUGACGAGUAUCUUAAAAUUGCGUCAAGUACUGCAAGAGAAGGUCUUGCUCACUUUGUUGAAGGGGUCAUAGCUCAAUUUGGACCAGAGUACUUGAGGAGAGCGAGUACUAUGGAUACUGAACGACUCCUCCGUGAAAGUUAUGUUCGUGGAUUUCCUGGUAUGAUGGGCAGCAUUGAUUGCAUGCAUUGGGAGUGGAAAAACUGUCCGCGUGCAUGGAAAGGAAUGUAUCAAAGUAGAAGUAAAACAGCAACGGUGAUCUUGGAGGCUGUUGCUUCGCAAGACUUGUGGAUAUGGCAUGCUUUUUUUGGCACCCCAGGUUCUUGUAAUGAUAUAAAUGUCCUCCAACGGUCGCCGAUGUUCUUUGAUAUAUGUGAGGGAAAAGCUCCAGAGGUUACCUUCAAUGUCAACGGAAAUACAUACAAUAUGGGUUAUUAUCUUACAGACGAUAUCUAUCCGAAAUGGGCAACAUUUAUCCCAGCAAUCAAACAUCCACAAACUGGUAAGCACAAAUUAUUUACCAAGAAGCAAGAGAGUUAUCGAAAGGACGUUGAACGUGCCUUUGGAGUGUUACAAGCUCGAUUUGCAAUAAUACGUCAACCAAGUCUAGCAUGGUCGACCGAAAUUUUAUGGAAAAUCGUAAUGGCUUGUAUUAUCAUGCACAAUAUGAUUGUUGAAGAUGAGCGAGAUGGAUAUUUGCAUUAUGAUGCAACUGAAUUUAUCAAUGAUCAACCGCAAAAUUUAGCUGGAUCACCAACCGGUAACAACAACCAACCAUUUACCGUGAGAAGUGGACGAUUGGAUAGGCUCAAUCUAAAUGGUUAUAUGGAAAAUAGAAAUAAUGUUCGUGAUAGGGAGACCCAUAUUGCACUAAAAAUGACUUGGUUAAGCAUAUAUGGGGACGUUUCGGCAACGAAUGAAGAGAUGACCAAAGUUGUUGUUAAUGAACAUUUUGCAUACUGCAUGCCUAAAGUAGCAGUCACAUUGUUCAAAUUGCCACCAUAG